AGUUCAACCGACUGAUCUCAGAGCUAUAAGCCCCAUCGGCAGGGAGCCCUCGCCAAAAACAUGGAUUUAUCAGGACCACUGCGUGUGUCACUGGGAAAAAGUUCGGGAGCCCGAUCCGUCCCGUUUGCAUCAGCACAUGGACGGCGGAGAAGUCGGGAUGCUGAUGAUCCGGAUCCGGAUCCGCCUCGCCAGGCGUCACAGGCACCGACAAGAUGGCUGAGACUACGGGACGAAAGUGAGGGAGGAAACAAAAACAUUGUGGAGCCGCUGUUCGCCGCCGUCGCCAGAACCUGUAGAGCCGCCGGGCCGAGUCGGCGCAGACAAAGACGCUGCGUGCGCCGUUCCGCGCCGGGACAUCUGCGAGAAGUACCCGAGGCGGUUCUCGGUGGGCCUGGGCCGCCAGGUGUGCUGGAGCCCCGCUAACGGCCGGGGCUGUAAACACAAGUCAAGCUGAGGAGAGCUCAACGCUGCGACAGUGGACGAGGCGCACCUCCAGGCAGCACCACCAUGGCCCAUUCUCCCGUCCAGGGCAACCUGCCGGGGAUGCAGAAUGUUAAAGUGGAUCCGGAGGAGCUGUUCACUAAGCUGGAGCGAAUUGGCAAGGGUUCGUUUGGUGAGGUGUUCAAAGGCAUCGACAAUCGCACCCAGAAGGUGGUGGCCAUCAAGAUCAUAGACCUGGAGGAAGCGGAGGACGAGAUCGAAGACAUCCAGCAGGAGAUCACAGUGCUGAGCCAAUGCGACAGCCCGUUUGUUACCAAGUACUACGGCUCAUACCUGAAGGACACAAAGUUAUGGAUCAUUAUGGAGUAUUUAGGCGGAGGCUCAGCAUUAGACUUGAUGGAGCCUGGAGCUCUUGAUGAGACCCAGAUUGCCACGAUCCUGAGAGAAAUCCUCAAGGGCCUGGAGUACCUGCAUUCUGAGAAGAAGAUCCACAGGGAUAUCAAAGCUGCCAACGUGCUGCUGUCUGAGCAAGGAGAGGUGAAGUUAGCAGAUUUCGGGGUAGCUGGACAGCUGACCGACACCCAGAUCAAACGCAACACCUUCGUCGGCACGCCUUUCUGGAUGGCCCCUGAGGUCAUCAAACAGUCGGCCUACGACUCCAAGGCUGACAUCUGGUCUCUGGGCAUCACGGCCAUCGAGCUUGCGAAAGGCGAGCCGCCUCAUUCUGAGCUUCACCCCAUGAAGGUUUUAUUCCUCAUCCCAAAGAACAACCCACCCACAUUGGAGGGCAGCUACAGUAAACCGCUUAAGGAGUUUGUCGAGGCCUGUCUCAACAAAGAGCCCAGUUUUAGGCCAACCGCCAAAGAGCUGCUGAAGCAUAAGCUCAUUGUUCGCUAUGCGAAGAAGACCUCCUACCUGACUGAGCUGGUAGACAAGUACAAGAGGUGGAAGGCGGAACAGUCUAGAACCACAGAAUCAAGUUCUGAUGAGUCUGACUCAGAGCAGGAUGGUCAGGCGUCGGGCGGGAACGACUUUGGCUGUGACGGCUGGAUCUUCACCAUCCGAGAGAAGGAUCCCAAAAAGCUACAGAACGGGGAGGGCCAGUCGGGGGUGACGGAUCAGACAAAAGACAUUCCAAAGAGGCCUUAUUCACAGAGCCUGGCCACAGUCAUCUCUCCUGCGUUAGCUGAGCUGAAGGCAAGACAGGAGCAGGUGAAUGGGAACCCCAUGGUCCUGGAUGAGCUGAGGGAGGCCAUCCUGCUGGCGGAGGAGGCCUACCCCGGCAUCUCAGAUUCCCUGGUGGCCCACAUGGUACACCGGCUCCAGAGUUUCUCCACGAGCAGGACGUCCUCCACCUCCCCAUAGUGAUCGCUUCUCUGCCCCAGCUCUGCUCCCAAGGGCCUCAGUCCUCCCGACACCACAGCCAGGUCAGGGGGGUUCAGAGUCAGGAUUCAUAUAAUACCAGCUGACCGUUGUUGACCUCCCGUGGGGGUUAGGGCGGGCGGGUGCCUGGAAACUUAAAAAAUUGACUGAGCUCUGAGAAGAGGGUAACAGGAACUGUGGAGAGCUUCUUUUAGCCUCUUAUGAGAUGAGACGUUUGGAGAGGCAGUGGAACCAGCUGUGGAACAAGAUAAACAGCAGCAGCCAAGUCACUCUGGUCUCUGAGGACACAAGACUCCUCCAGUCUCACACCAGAGUCUCUAAAACUCCCCCCAAAACUCAACAAGACUCAACAAGACUCUAGCCCCCCUCACCUUAUAAUGCAGGCGUCAUAUCCCCAGAACCUCUGAAAGCAUGCUUGAUGAACCUGCAGGGAUAUUAUCUCGGUGUGCAAGCUGCGCGUGUGCAUGUUUGAAUGCACUGUGUGCGUGCGUGCGUGUGUGUCUGUGCGUGCGUGCGUGUGUGUGCGUCCUCCUGCGUAUGUAAGACUUCCCUGUUUAGUCAGAUUGCAGCAUUCUUAACGAAACCUCAGGUAAAGUGCUUUAAGCGGACUUGUUCUACGAGGCAGUGGGAGGAGGGGGUGCUGGUGCUGGUGGGGGGGUUGCCGUGCUCUACGUGAUUACAGGUUGGGAGAAAUGAAUCACUGUGUACAAAAUGCUCAUGCACAUUUUGUAGAUAAUGAUAAUGUUUAAAAGUAGAUAUUUAAAGUUACUUGGACAGAACAGAAAAUGCCUUGCCUUUUUCGAGAGCCGCACACGUGCGCUCCCGCAUUUCAUCAGAAAUUCAGUUCAGUAUUCAUGAUUGUUUUCCUUCUAAGAGACUGAGUUCCAAUCUUCCAUUGCAAUUGCCUGCUGAACCAUGAAACUAACUAUGAUACUAAGCUUACUUGUGUAGAGGGAGAAGUCUUCCCCUGGUUUGUAGUGAGGGGAACGCUCCUGCCUGUACUUACGUUUAGACAAUUUGAGUCCAUGUUGAAAUUGCUUGGGACUAAAGGUGUCAGCAGCCGCUCCUGAGUGGAGCUGAGGACAAUGACACAGUGGGGGGGGGGGGCACUCUGGCUUAUGUUGAAUGCUGAUAUCAUGUGAAGUAUUACUUUUCUUUGGCUUGUAAUUUAUCAUUAGCUUUACAUAGAGACUCAAGUGGAGGUGAGGGAAUAACCGGCAAGGACCAUUUGUAGGCAAUCACACGGUGACACUCGCUCGUGGCCAAAUGAAACAAGCCAAGCUGCAGAAAACGCCGCCAUCCUUAUUUCCCCGCUCCAUGCAUUUCUGUUCUCACGUCACCGCCACGCUAUAGAAGUGCCAUGUCCUCUUUUACGCUUUCACCAGAUGUUCGUAGUAUGAUUUGCACCUUUUUUUUUUUUCUAAUUUACAGAUCAGUUUUUUUUUGCACUUUGAAAGUGUGUCAAGUAUUUAAAGAAACCUGAAAGAGGAAAAAAAAACUCAAUGAAAAAAGUUGCUAAUAGCCAUGUUUUAUUGUAUAUGUUUACUUAAGAGUUCCAGAAUUUACUACUGUGCUAAUGCAGCAAUAAUGUUGGGGAGUUGCAUCAAAACGCACUUGUCAACACAGGGAUUGAAAGAAAUUAAGAAAUAUCUGAUAUUUUUAUAAUUGCAAAGUAUGGAAAUAUGGAAUGCUUUAUGGACAUGGGCAAAAAUAUCUAUACCUUAAAGAAAAACAUAUGCUACAGAAGAAAACUACAAAAUGUGUACAUUUGGUUUCCUUUAUUAUAGCUGACAGUUUAUAGUACUGUAUAUAAUCUUUGCUUGUGUCAUUUGAGGAUUCCCAAGUUAAAUGUAAGCUUUCAAAGUGACAUGAGAAAUAAAGAUCUAAUGCUAACUGAG